AUGGCCUCCCUCGAAGAAAAAUGGCAGCUACUCCUCAACUAUCUGAACACAACUCAAAUCGCACACUAUUCGAAAGUCGCUGCCCUAACCUUCGUCAUCUGUGAUAUUUGCCGAACCCUCGAGAUCGAGGUCAAAUAUCUUUGGACUGGGAAAUGGAAGCUGGGCCGGAUCGCCUAUAUGAUAGCGCGGUACUGGGCGGUGUUUUAUCUCAUAGUGUUCAUCAUAGUGGGGACUAAGCCACGGAAGGUCGAGUGGGAUUCCAGCUGCCGGAAAUACUCAGCCUUUGCAUAUUAUGGCGGAUACAUCGUCUACUCCACAGUGGGCAAUGUCAUCUCGAUCCUGCGUGUUACGGCGCUAUACAAUCGCAGUAUGAUAAUCAUGUGGUUCUUUACGAUAUUGGCAUGCAUCGAAUUUGCUCUCGAAUUCUACGCAACGUGGAGAAUCCUAGACUACCUCCACAAAGGAGCAUUCAAUCCACCUUUUCCGUUUAUGACGGGGUGUCACACCAACGCUGCCGGGUCAAACUUUCUCAAUAUCACCCUCAUGGCAUGGGUAACGUGGACUGUGGUUGCAUUCCUGUUCUUCGUCUUCACCCUGGCCCAAUUCCGGAGAUCAGUCGCUCUCACUACGCCAGACGGUAAAAAGGAGAGCCUGUGGAAACUUCUUGCUGAUAAGAAUAACUAUCCCUCUCUGAUGACGAUCGUCGUACGCGAUGGGUCGUUGCAUUUCUUCAUAAUCCUGGUGGCUAUGGUCGUCCAAAUGGCGACGGUUAUCUAUCGAGGCGGAUACUACUUCCCUCUUAUGCAACCUCUUCUCAUGCACGUGUUCGAGAUUGAUCCUCAACUUAACAACUUCAGCGUUCACGCUCGCCGUUCCGGGGUUGAACAUCAACCUCCACCAUCUGUUCCGAACAUCAUGUCAAUGAGCGAUUAUCUAUACUAUUGCGACGAUGAUCUUCGUCGAGCACUUCUCGUUCGCAAUUAUGAGAUGACAAUGAUCGCGGUUCAACAAAUCGCUGAGGAUUUUACCUCGGACGAGGACGAAUAUAGCAGUGAAGAUGAAUAUAGUGAUACUGGUACCUCGCAGAUCGAGGCCUCCAAGACGCAGGGAUGCUUGCUUGAUGACGCCUCUUUUCAGGCGCGGAAGGAGGAUAAGAUAAAUCAUCUGCUCCCCUCUGAUGGGGAGCCCGCUGAAAUCAGCGUUUUCCAAACAGAGAGACCUCUCAAUGACGGAUGUGAGAACAAGCACGCGACCAUCUCUGUAUCCGACUCAGAUCCACCUGAGAAUCACGACGUCUCCAGUGACGGCGAUUCCAAGGUCCAGUACCGCGUCAUAAAUUCCGCCAGGGUUGUCACCGACGGCACGUCAGACGACGCUAAAAAAGACGAAAUUGACUUCCGGGUGGAAAUCAAAGUGGCUACUGACACGAAUACUCUCUCCGAGGCCAGAGAGGGAAAGCGCAAAGCUGUGUUCGAAGAUGGUGAUGCAAAGGUCCCGUCGGAUACCACCAUUCCCAGCAAGCGCCUUCGUACGGCUGGGAAGGAGAACGACGGCUCUUCGACUACUCCCCAGUAG